AUGCCCUGCUACCGCCGCUCCAAGUCCUUGGACCGGAGAGCAGCAGAAGCUACAGCCACCACAGCAACGCCCGACCUCAACUUCAAAAAGGGCUGGAUGACCAGAUUGACUGACAAAGGGCAGUGGAAGAAGCACUGGUUCGUCCUGACUGACCAAACCCUGAGGUUCUACAGAGAUAUUGUUGCUGAGGAGGCUGCUGAUUUGGAUGGCGAGAUUAACCUUUCUACUUGUUAUGACAUCACAGACUACCCAGUUCAGAGGAACUACGGCUUCCAGAUACACACUGCGGAGGGAGCGUUCACCCUGUGUGCCAUGACUUCUGGGAUCCGGAGGAACUGGGUCCAGGCAGUGAUGAAGAACGUGAGGCACAACGUGGCCCUGGUCGUCACAAGUUCUCUUCCACAGCAGAAGGAGCCACCAGCGCUAGGCCCUAUGGAGACACGCUCUGCAGAGGAAGAUGUGGAUCCAGAUCAGAGGAAGAACCGUAGUGUCCGCGAGCGUCGCCGGGAGGGACGCUACAAAACCUUUGACUGGGCUGAUUUUAGCCACCAUCAGCACCACCAGGGAGUAGAGAAGGAGGCGGAGCCCAGUGGACAGUCGCGUCCUGUGGUAGGAUGGGACACCGCUGACGGCGGCAGCCCAUCGCCAGUCUCCUCUGCCUCCUCUCUGAUUGCCUCUAACUCUUGCUCCUCCUCGUACUCUUCUCAGUGCCUCAGGGACACUGUAGCUUCACAAGAGGCGGAGGUGCUACAAAGGGGGGCAGGUCCAACCAUGCUACCCCAGGCUCCAUUCACGGCCACACCCCUAGAGGAAAGAAGUGUUGCUGGGACCAAAACACCCACAGCAUCCACAACACUAGUUCAUGCUCAAAAUAAGGUUUUUGAAAAAAGGACCAUUUCUGAGGUGGACAACAGCUCCACCUCUUCUACACCAGAGCUGCCCAUUGGUUGUGGCGAUGACGAUAUCACUGGCCACACCCCUAGUUAUGUCCCUAGCGUUGCCCUUGGUGAUGGCUUUGGCAACACUCCUAGCCCCACCCCUUGUGAUGGCACUGCCGGUGUACGGGUGGAGGUGGUGAUGGAGCAGCAAGUGGCUUCCACACCGCUGAGAGAGGUUCCCAUCAAUAACUCUGAUGAAACCAAAGAAGAGACGGAGCAGCAGUCCUAUGAACAGCAGACUGAAGAGCUGGAGCAGACCCAGAGAGAGUUGUCCAGACUCAAGCAGGUGAACAUCAGUCUGCAGCAACAGCUGCAGCAGGAGAGGGAACGCUCCAGGGAGAACCGCCUACUACAGAAUGGCCUACCCACAUCUUUCAACCAGUCCUCCUCCGCACAGUCAUGCGCGUGGCAGCGUCUUCAGAAGCUGAACCAGGACCUGCGCUUCGAGCUGGAGGCCCAGAGGAGGAGCCAGGAGGAGGUGCGUGAGGCUGAACUGCAGCGGAGGGCCGAGUUCAUCGCCUUGCAGGCGCGGGCGUUAAGCGCAGGGGAGGCUGCAGUCUUGGCACACUCGGAGCUGCAGCAGGAGCGUCAGAGCGCUCGGAAGCAGCGGGAGGAGGGGGAGCACGAACACCGGCAGGAGUUGGAGUGUUUGCGCCAGCGACUACAAGAGGUGUCAGCCCAGAUGAGAGCAAAAGAGGAGGCACAGGCCGAGAAGGAGGUGCGCCUGCAGAAGCACCUGGGCCUCCUGCAGGAGAGCCAGGACAGGGAACGCAGAAGCCUGGGGGCCAACCUGGCCCAGGCGGAGCGCCGUUCCCAGGACCUGCAGGAGCAGCUGCAAAAGGCUGAGCAGCAAGCGGAGACAUUGUGGAACGGGCAGCGUCAGCCGUGGGCCAGGGAAGGAGAGGUGGCGGAGGCUCAGCAGCAGCUGCAGGAGGAGUUGGCCCGCACGCUGGCGGCUAUAGGGAGGCUACAGGGGGAGGGGGAGCAGCUGGAGAGACGCUGCCAAGAGCUGCAGAACCAGCUGGCCGAGGCAGACGGGGAGGUGGUUCAGCUGCAGAGACGCCUACAGACUGAGGAGACUGACUACUACAACCUGGAGCACUCCUACGAGAGUGUUUCAGAGGAGCUACAGCGGGCUCUGGGACAGGCGCAGGAGAGGGAGGUGGCAGCCAGCGAUGCCAGGGAGGACUACAAGAGGCUGCUGGACAGGAAGGAGCGGGAGCUGAGUGAAGCCUUGGUUAAGAUGGCCGCCCUUGGGAGCAGCCUGGAAGAGACGGAGCUGAAACUGAGUGAGGUGAAGGAAGCAUGCACCUGUUGUUCCUCUCUUCCUCUCUUCAAAGUGACUGACAACAGACUGAAUAUCAAAUCCAACGGUCUGAAUUCACGGGAAACCCAGACCAUCCACCACUCCUACAAUACAGACGGAGGACAGACAAAUAGCAGCAGCAUCCCUGCAAUAAGCCACUCUGGACCUGGCUCAUGUUCUGUCGACCCGGCCUACCAGUACAUUGUUACAGCUGGAGAUGAUCCGGACAGGUUCAUGUCAGUGAUCCAGGUCCUGGAGACCAAGCUGUAUGUGACAGAGGAGAAAUUGAGAGACAUCACACAGAGGCUGGAGGAGCCACAAGGUCAGUGGUGCAGCAGUGCAGCCACCGACCCCCACGUUCUCUCCCAGCUCACCCAGAGCCGGGCCGCUACCCAGCGGCUUAGCCUCUUUCUUCACAACCAGGCCAAGCAGAGCAGGCGCUUCGCCCUGGAAACGGAGGGCCGAACCAGGGUGCUGGGUGGGCAGUGUCAGGCGGCCCUGGCCAGUGUGCAGGCCUGCAGAGAGAGGAUCCAAGCCCUGCUGAGGAGGAACCCUGGUGAAGGUAGCAACCCUGACCUAGAAGCCGAGCUCUGUGCCCUGGAGAUGCAGCUGGUCACUGCUGCUGCCUGCCUCAGGCAAGGAGGAAUAAUUGCCGAUGAGCAAUGGCACGAGUGCCACCGAGCUCAGAGGGAGGAGGAAGACUUGAUUGAUGACAAGACACUAUCAGAGGACAAGGUUGAGCAAAUGAGCACAGGCACGUAUGCCCCAAUGUCAUGCCCAGAAGGAGAGGAAGCUGGAAUGAAAACAUUGGGUAGAGCUUUAGCCCUGGAAGCGUCUACGUUGGAGAAGAUGGCGUCGGCAAUGCAGAGCCAAGAUACAUUAUUUUGCCAGAAUGAAGCCCUCCUUGGUGGAGAUGAAGGUGACUUGGCACACAUGUAUGCUGACGUGCUUUUGAAAAGAAUGGCCCUCGGAAUGGAUUGUAGGGAACCAGUAGGUGGCGACACUGAGUCGGAGGAGAGCGCCAUUGGCAGGGUCUGUGCCAGAGCAGAGUUAGCUUACAUCUCUCUAACCUUACAGCAUCGCUACCAGGGAGAGCCGAUACAAGAAGAACUGCACUCUGACAACCCGACCAGGGAGCAGCUAUGGCGGAGCUCUCAGUCAGAGGAACAGUGUGGCGGCGCUGGGGAUAACAAUCUGAGCUCUGGUCAGGCCAGGGGUCUGGCUGAUGUCAGUCCUCCAGAGCUGGCUCCUUAUGAGGAACAGGUCCAGUUGAAGUCCAGAGGCCUCACAGACAACCUGCUGGAGAGGAUCCAAUCAGUCUGGAGUGGGGACAAGACAGAGAAACAACAUGACUGGACAGAAAGACUUGCAGUCCAGCUGAGGAAAAGGGCCAAGGUCUUGCACCAACUCUGUCAGGAGAUCCCCAGCAGCAGUGGCUCAAAGGGGGAGAGUAGUGCGGCGAAAGGUAGAUGCUGGUUGGAUGACCCUGACUCUGUUGGAACCCUGGACUUGACCCUGUACUGGCCGGAGGUGCUGGUCCAGUCCCAGGUGACCUAUGUGGCAUGCCGCCUGCAGCUGGAUCACGAACAGGAACUGCAGCAGUGCAAAGGGGCAUUCGACAGCCUAGGGGCGCUGUGUCAGGAGCAAGAGGCCAUGCUCAGCAAGGACCGCCGCACUUUUAGCCACGCCCUGUCGCGACUGCAGGAGGACAGCCAGGCCCUCAAGGAGAAGCUGGAGCAGGUGGAGCAAGGGAGGGCCGCAGCAGAGAGCGAGACCCGGCGUAAGGUGAGUGUACUCCUAGCUGAUAUCGAGAGCAUCGAGGAUCGCCACGAGGAGCAGGUGCAGAAGCUGGAGGAGGAGUUCCAAGGGAAGAUGCAGGAGCUCCAGAAGAUCCAUGAGGAGGAAAUGAUACGUCUGCACAGCCACCAUGCCCAGUCUGCCUCCACCUUCUACCCAGACUUCACCUUGGAUUCCACCCUGCCGGCAGAUAAACUUAAUCUGGAUGAAGCCUGCAAAAUAGACAUGGUGUCUAUGGAAACAAUGAAGAAACGAAUCCAUGUGCUUGAGACGCAGGUAAACACCAUGAAAGAUGAGGCGGGGAGACGGAAUCUGGAAGGGGAUGAAGUUGCCAUGAAGGAAGCUUAUCAGAGAGACCUUGAAAACAUCAAGGUUUCCUGUGAGCGUGGCUUCACUGCCAUGGAGGAGGUACACCAGAAGCUGGUGGGGGAUCUGCAACGGCAGCACCAGAGGGAGGUGGCCACGCUCCUGCAGGAGAGAGACUGCCUACUGGAGGAGGAGACAGCCGCCACUGUCGCAGCAAUCGAGGCAAUCAGGAAUGCUCAUCGGGAGGAGCUGGAGAGGAGUCAGAGUGGAGGGAGCUCUGACAUCACGGACCUUCCCUCCCAGUAUGAGGUUGAGCUGCGGUCUCUGCACAGGGAGCUGGAGGUGUUGUCGGGCCAGUACUCCCAGAAGUGUCUGGAGUGCGCCCAGCAGAAUCAGGCCCUGGAGGCCGAGAGACAGGCCCUGCUACAGUGCCAGAGGGAGAACCAGGUGCUCAGCAUCCACAAGCAGGAGCUGACUCAGAGGCUGACUGAGGAGAUCUCUUGCAAGCACUCCCUUCUCAGCGAGGAACCGGCCACUGCCUUACAGGGGAAAGACCUCUACGAACUGGAGGUGAUCCUACGGGUCAGGGACACAGAGCUGCAGUGCCUCAAACAGGAGACCAACUCUCUGAAGGAGGAACUGAAAGCUGUUCACAGGGAUAAGGCAUACGCCAAAGACAAGCUCAAAGCCCUGUAUGCUGAGCUGAGCUUCAGCCGGUCCAAGGUCCAAUGUGACAUUCCCAAACUGCGAGAGGAGCCCCAGACUGCAACAGGGUCUCCCAGGGAUGAGGGCAGUGGCGGCGACAGCUCCAAUUCUGCUCAGGCUUACGACAUAGUGAAGUUGACAAGCAACCCUGAUUUCUUGAAGAAGGAGAGGUCGACACUCACCAGGCAAAUCAGAGGGGUCAGGUCAAAGAGUCUGAAGGAGGGUCUUUCUGUCCAAGAGAGAAUGAAGCUGUUUGAGCCCAUGGACUAGAAGAAGAUCUGAUCUAUUUUUUUGUUGUUGCUCAUUCUUCAAUGUGUGUGUGUGUGUAUGUGUUUGUGUGGUGUUUGCCAAUCGUGUGCAACAGUGCUAG